CCCUACAAGCAGCCAGACAUUCGUGUCCCAUCUCCGACCUUAAACCCUCCUUUCUCCUCCACCGACUCUCUCUCCAACCAAAAAUGGCCUCCGUCGCCCUUCUACGUGCUCUUCGCCGCCGCGAACUCCACACAGCUUCCGUCUCCGCGUUUAAAUCCAUUUCUACAAAUGGAAAGACGUCUCUUUUUGGGAAGUUAGGUCACUUAGCAAGGCCUUUCUGCUCGAGGCCUGUGGGGAAUGAUGUCAUCGGUAUUGAUUUGGGUACCACCAACUCUUGCGUUGCUGUGAUGGAAGGAAAGACUCCUAGAGUCAUUGAGAACGCAGAAGGAACACGAACCACACCGUCAGUGGUCGCUAUCAACCAGAAGGGCGAGCUUCUCGUUGGAACACCAGCUAAACGUCAGGCUGUCACCAACCCAACCAACACGGUUUUCGGGAGCAAGCGUUUGAUCGGGAGACGGUUUGAUGACCCCCAGACGCAGAAGGAGAUGAAGAUGGUUCCUUACAAGAUUGUCAAGGCGCCCAACGGUGACGCUUGGGUUGAAGCGAACGGGCAGAAGUUUUCUCCCAGUCAGAUUGGAGCUAAUGUCCUCACCAAAAUGAAGGAGACUGCUGAAGCUUACCUCGGGAAGACUAUUACCAAAGCUGUUGUUACUGUUCCGGCUUACUUCAACGAUGCGCAGAGACAGGCCACGAAGGAUGCUGGGAAGAUUGCUGGUCUUGAUGUCCAGAGAAUUAUUAACGAGCCGACGGCUGCUGCGUUGUCUUAUGGUAUGAAUAAUAAGGAGGGUGUGAUAGCUGUGUUCGAUCUUGGUGGUGGAACCUUUGAUGUUUCUAUCCUGGAAAUCUCUAGUGGUGUUUUUGAGGUCAAAGCUACGAAUGGAGAUACAUUUUUGGGAGGAGAAGACUUUGACAACACUUUGUUGGAGUAUCUGGUCUCUGAGUUCAAGAGAUCAGACAACAUUGAUCUGACCAAGGACAAGCUUGCCCUCCAGAGGCUGAGAGAAGCUGCAGAGAAGGCCAAGAUCGAGCUUUCUUCCACAUCUCAAACCGAGAUCAACCUGCCUUUCAUCACCGCGGACGCUUCCGGAGCUAAGCACUUGAACAUCACCUUGACCAGGUCCAAGUUUGAAGCUUUGGUCGGCAAGUUGAUCGAGAGAACGAGAUGCCCGUGCCAGAACUGUCUCAAGGACGCUGGCGUCUCGGUGAAGGAAGUCGAUGAAGUUCUCCUCGUCGGUGGAAUGACACGUGUUCCCAAAGUGCAGGAGAUAGUCGCUGAGAUCUUUGGAAAGAGCCCUUGCAAAGGUGUGAACCCUGACGAAGCGGUUGCUAUGGGAGCUGCUAUCCAAGGUGGUAUCCUCCGUGGUGAUGUCAAGGAGUUGCUUCUUUUGGAUGUGACUCCUCUCUCGUUAGGUAUCGAGACGCUUGGUGGGAUCUUCACUAGGUUGAUCAACAGAAACACCACCAUCCCUACAAAGAAGUCUCAGGUUUUCUCCACAGCUGCAGACAACCAGAUGCAAGUGGGAAUCAAAGUUCUUCAGGGAGAGCGUGAGAUGGCUGCUGACAACAAGAGUCUAGGAGAGUUUGAUCUCGUUGGGAUCCCACCUGCGCCUAGAGGAAUGCCCCAGAUCGAAGUCACCUUCGACAUUGACGCAAACGGCAUCGUUACAGUCUCAGCCAAAGACAAGGCAACAGGUAAAGAGCAGCAGAUCACAAUCAGAUCAUCAGGUGGUCUCUCAGACGAUGAGAUCAACAGAAUGGUGAAAGAAGCUGAGCUCAACUCACACAAGGAUCAAGAGAAGAAGCAGCUUAUCGAUAUUAGGAACACGGCUGAUACAACAAUCUACAGCGUUGAGAAGAGCUUGAGCGAGUACAGAGAGAAGAUUCCUGCUGAGAUUGCCUCUGAGAUUGAGACUGCUGUGUCUGAUCUCAGGACGGCAAUGGCUGGUGAAGAGAUAGAGGACAUCAAGGCUAAGCUUGAAGCUGCCAACAAGGCAGUGUCGAAGAUUGGAGAACACAUGUCCAAGGGAUCAGGUUCGUCUGGGACCUCUGGUGGUGAAGGUUCAAGCGGGACUGACCAGCAGACCCCUGAAGCUGAGUUUGAAGAGGCGAGCGGUUCAAAGAAAUGAGUUAGGUAAACCGGUUGAACUUGGUUUUGUUUCCAAAUAAAGUUGACAUGCAUUUAUCCUUCACAAAAUUGAUUAAAGUCUUUUUUUGUAUGUUAAAACGUCCUUUGUGGGGGUAAUUCUUGAGAUAUUUGAUACUCGGAUGUAGUUCUUGGUUUCUUUGUUUGGUCUUUUCUUGGAAUCUAUGGUUAUUAUCUUGACCGGUUAACCGGAUUUGAUAAGGUUA